AUGUCGAGCGCCAACAGCAUCAAGGUCGUCGCCCGGUUCCGGCCCCAGAACAGGGUCGAGUUGGACUCGGGCGGCCAGCCGAUCGUCUCCUUUGAGGGAAAUGAUACCUGUACAGUCGACUCCAAGGAGGCCCAGGGCUCCUUCACCUUCGACCGCGUCUUUGACAUGUCAUGCAAGCAAGCCGACAUCUUCGACUUCUCCAUCAAGCCCACCGUCGACGACAUCCUCAACGGGUACAAUGGCACCGUGUUCGCCUACGGCCAGACCGGCGCCGGAAAGUCGUACACCAUGAUGGGCACCAGCAUAGACGACGACGAGGGCCGCGGCGUCAUCCCCCGCAUUGUCGAGCAGAUCUUUGCCAGCAUCAUGUCCAGCCCCGGCACCAUCGAGUACACCGUGCGCGUCAGCUACAUGGAGAUCUACAUGGAGCGCAUCCGCGACCUGCUCGUGCCGCAGAACGACAACCUGCCCGUCCACGAGGAGAAGAACCGCGGCGUCUACGUCAAGGGCCUGCUCGAGGUCUACGUCUCCAGCGUCCAGGAGGUCUUUGAGGUGAUGAGGAGAGGCGGCAACGCGAGGGCGGUCGCCGCGACCAACAUGAACCAGGAAUCCUCGCGGUCGCAUUCCAUCUUUGUCAUCACCAUCACGCAAAAGAACGUCGAGACCGGCUCGGCCAAGAGCGGUCAGCUCUUCCUGGUCGAUUUGGCCGGCAGCGAGAAGGUGGGCAAGACUGGCGCGAGCGGACAGACGCUCGAGGAAGCCAAGAAGAUCAACAAGAGUUUGAGUGCCCUCGGCAUGGUCAUCAACGCCCUCACCGACGGUCGAUCAUCGCACAUCCCUUACCGUGACUCGAAGCUCACGCGUAUCCUGCAAGAGUCAUUAGGUGGCAACAGUCGGACCACUCUGAUCAUCAACUGCUCUCCCAGCUCCUACAACGAUGCCGAGACCCUCAGCACGCUCCGUUUCGGCAUGCGAGCCAAGUCGAUCAAGAACAAGGCCAAAGUCAACGCCGAGCUCAGCCCCAGCGAGCUCAAGUCCUUGCUUGGGAAGGCCAGGACCCAGAUCACCAACUUUGAGAACUAUAUCGUCAACCUCGAGGGCGAGGUUCAGCAGUGGCGCGCGGGCGACACUGUUCCGAAGGACCGCUGGGUUCCGCCGCUAUCCGCCGAUGCAGCUACCAAACCUGCACCUCCACGGCCCUCGACACCGUCGCGCCUUGUCCCAGAGAGCAGAUCAGAGACACCUGCCAUUUCAGAGCGUGCUGGCACACCAUCUCUUCCAUUGGACAAGGACGAAAGGGAAGAGUUCCUACGGCGGGAGAAUGAGCUUCAAGAUCAGCUUGCCGAGAAGGAGUCGCAGGCCGCGGCGGCCGAGAGGCAGCUCCAAGAGGUCAAGGAGGAGCUGACGGUGCUCAAGGAGCACGACAGCAGGCUAGGCAAGGACAACGAGAGGCUGACCAGCGAGUCCAACGAGUUCAAGAUGCAGCUGGAGCGCCUCAACUUUGAGGGCAAAGAAACGCAGAUCACGCUGGAUGCCUUGAAGGAGGCCAACUCGGAGCUCACCACCGAGCUCGACGAGGUCAAGCAGCAGCUCCUGGAUGUCAAGAUGAGCGCAAAGGAGACCAGCGCUGUGCUCGAUCAGAAGGAGAAGAAGAAAGCCGAGAAGAUGGCCAAGAUGAUGGCUGGCUUUGACCUCGGUGCCGACGUCUUCAGCGAGAAUGAGCGCACGGUAGCAGACGCCAUCGAGACGCUGGAUGCGUUGAUCGAGAUGAGCAACACGGGUGAUCCCAUCCCGCCCGAAGACCUCAAGAACCUGCGGGCCAAGAUGGUCGCCACGCAGGGCAUUAUCCGGCAGGCCGAGCUUUCGCUGUACAGCUCGCAAUCCAGCGAGUCCGAGGCGAGGAGACGGACGGAGCUCGAGUCUCGCCUGGAGGCUCUCCAGCAGGAGUACGAGGACCUCUUGUCGCGCAACCUCGGCGAGGCCGACGCCGACGAGCUCCGCGCUCGCCUCGAGAAGGCCUUCACCGACAAGCAGAGCACCCAGGCGGAGCUCGUCGAGGAGCUCAAGGCCGACGUCAACCGGCGGGCCUCUGAGAACGAGCGCAUGAAGGUGCUCAUCGAGGACCUGCGGCAGCAGGUCAAGGCCGGCAACAGCGGCGCGCCCAUGGCCAACGGCAAGACGGUGGCCCAGCAGAUGGCCGAGUUUGACGUCAUGAAGAAGAGCCUGAUGCGCGACCUGCAGAACCGGUGCGAGCGCGUCGUCGAGCUCGAGAUCUCGCUCGACGAGACGCGCGAGCAGUACAACAACGUGCUGCGCUCGAGCAACAACCGCGCCCAGCAGAAGAAGAUGGCCUUCCUCGAGCGCAACCUCGAGCAGCUGACGCACGUCCAGCGCCAGCUCGUCGAGCAGAACGGCUCCCUGAAGAAGGAGGUCGCCAUCGCCGAGCGCAAGCUCAUCGCGCGCAACGAGCGCAUCCAGAGCCUCGAGAGCCUGCUCCAGGACAGCCAGGAGAAGAUGGCCCAGGCCAACCACAAGUUCGAGGUCCAGCUCGCUGCCGUCAAGGAGCGCCUCGAGGCCGCCAAGGCCGGCAGCACGCGCGGCCUCAGCUCGCCCACCGGCCUCGGCGGCUUCAGCUUCGCCAACGCCGGCAGCCGCAUCGCCAAGCCCCUGCGCGGAGGCGGCGCCGCCGCGGCCCCGGAGCAGGGCGCCGCCAACCCGGCCAUCGCCAACCUGCAGUCGCAGUCGGGCGAGAACAAGCGGUCGAGCUGGUUCUUCCAAAAGUCGUAG